AUGUCUUCGUUUGGUUCAUACAAUUUUGGGGUCGAAUUGGAGCUCAUUGCUGAGCCCAAACGAGUACGACACCCUCUAUUGCGUGCUGUUUACUAUGAGGAGUUGGCAACAUCAUUGAGAUAUGACGGUGCCGAAGCAGAAGCAGACAAGCUCAAUCAGCGAUAUCGAAAGCGUCCAGAACACUACGAUAAGUGGUGGAUUACGAAGGAUGGAUCGUUAGGAGAUCCUGAGCAUCCGUGCAUUCCACUCGAGGCUGUCUCACCUAUAUUCUCCACUGACUACACGUGGGAGAACGAGGUGACCACUUUCUGGAACUCAUGGGAUCGUGUAUUCCAUAUGCCAGAGUCAUCCAUUGCUUGCGGAAGCCAUGUUCAUGUGUCACCAUCACCAGAAAUGGAAUUUGAUCUAAGUCAACUUCGCAAUAUUGCUUUUGGUAUCGUCUACUAUGAGCCUCUGGUCAUUCGCCUGCUUCCAUAUCAUCGCCAGAACAACAAGUACUGCAGACCUAACACGCUUCGUUCUGGGCCAUUAUACGACCUUAUGUCGAGCUUUCACGAAGAAGCAGCACUCAGAGAACUAUGGGACGCGCUCGACGAUGAAGUUGACGAAGAAGACAUCAGAGACCUCAUGCAGUCUGGCCCAGAGCCGAAGCAGGAGAGAUAUGUUCUCUGGAACUUUGACAACGUUUUUGGGAGCGGUUCUGGCAGCAUCGAAUUUCGAGGCGGUCCAGGUUUGAGAGGCCCCGUCAAGACGAAGAGGUGGAUAUCAUUUGUUGUCGCUUUUAUCCACAUGUGCACAAAUCUGGAUGUUGCAUCAUGGAGCUAUUUCACAAGGCCAAGUAUGGACAGAUUCUGGAGAGACUUACGGAGGUCCGCGCAGGCUGUCAGUGUGAAAGAGAACCUUCCAUCGGACUGGAGAGUCAUGGCAGGGCUGGUCAGCGGCAAUUCUUACGAAGAGUCUGUUCUUGAUGACUUUAGCGAUUCGGGCUAUGGUGAUGACUCAUCAAUCAUGGGCAAGUCAGACUCUGAAUAUUCCGACUCUGAGUACAGUGAUGGAGAAUAUGAAGCCCUGCAGCAGGAGUUAAUCCGGGAGAGGGAACAUCGCUGCACCAUUCUGUAG